UCGGCGCAGCAUCACCGCGCGUAUACUAUGUUAGACGUCCGUUGUCCAUACACAGCAGUCGUACAUCAGUUCGGCCGCCCGUGAAAAUGACGCAUGCCAUCACCGCCGUCGUCGGCGGCCUGUUAUGGUGGGCCCUGUUGCUGGCCGGCCCGGCCCGACCGGAAGUGCUCACGCCGCCGUACUUUAACUUGGCCGAGGGCCGCCGGAUCACGGCGACGGCCACAUGCGGCGAAGGCCUACAGGGCCCGGAGCUCUACUGCAAGCUGGUGGGCGCCAACUCGGAGCGCAACGUGGACUACGAGGGAAAUCUCGUCAUCCAGGGACAGGUAUGCGAUCACUGCGACAUUAGUCGACCGGACAAGUCACAUCCUCCGGAAUAUGCGGUGGACGGUCAAGAAACUUGGUGGCAAAGUCCUCCGUUGUCCAGAGGCAUGAAGUACAACGAGAUAAACUUGACGAUAGAUUUAGGACAGGAAUUCCACGUGGCCUAUGUUGUGGUAAAAAUGGGUAAUUCACCCCGUCCUGGUGUUUGGGUUCUUGAAAGAUCGGCAGAUUAUGGUCAGACCUAUACGCCAUGGCAAUACUUUGCUGACACUGUUGGGGACUGCGAAGCGUUUUUUGGCAAGGACAGUAUUAGGCCCAUCUCGUCGGAUGAUUCGGUUAUCUGUGACACGGCUUUCUCGAAAAUCGUGCCGCUGGAAAACGGCGAAAUUUUUGUAAAACUCUUGUCGAACCGACCGUCGGCCAAUAAUUUUUUUAACUCAUACGCUCUACAAGAGUUCACCAGAGCUACUAACGUACGGUUUCGAUUGCUCAGAGUGAAAAACUUACUUGGCCAUCUCAUGCCCGUCGCCCGACAAGAUCCCACCACCACCAGAAGGUACUUUUACUCCAUCAAAGACGUGAGCAUCGGAGGCCGGUGCCGUUGCAACGGUCACGCCGACCUUUGCGACAUAACCGACCCAACCGAUCCGUACAAGCUCAUAUGCCGUUGCAAGCACAACACUUGUGGCCACAACUGCGAGCAAUGCUGUCCCGGUUUCGAGCAGAAAGCCUGGAGUCAAUCGAAAUACGACAAACUCUUUCAGUGUGAACCUUGUAACUGUUUUGGCCAUUCGGAGACUUGUACGUACGAUAACGCUACGGACACCGCUCAUCUGUCCAUCGACAUCUACGGCAAGUACGAAGGAGGUGGUGUAUGCCAAAACUGUCGCGAUCACACGACUGGCGUGAAUUGCGACAAAUGUGUGCACGGGCACUACAGACCCGUAGGAAAAGCGUUGAACGAGACGGACGUAUGCCAACCUUGUAAUUGCGACGUCUUUUACUCGACCGGCAACUGUUCGGAAGGAUUUGGAAAAUGUGAAUGUAAAGCUGCUUAUGCCUCACCAGAUUGUAAUAGCUGCAGCGAAGGGUAUUACGGCUAUCCCGAAUGCAAGCCCUGUGAGUGUUUCCCGGACGGUACUCGGGGCAAACAGUGCGAGAACAACGGAGGAACGUGUCCGUGUAAACAAAAUUUCGGCGGUCAGUUCUGUUAUCAAUGUGCUGAGGGUUUCUACAACUUCCCCGAGUGCAAACCUUGUCAGUGUAACGAAGAAGGUUCUAAAAAUGCUAUAUGUGACCAAAAAACCGGACAGUGCGCGUGUCUUAGUAGAUACGGAAACCAGUCAUGCGACCAGUGCAACCAUGGUUACUUCGGGUUUCCAUCUUGCUCUUAUUGCAACUGUGAUUCGAUCGGUUCGUUGCCAGAAGUGUGUAAUAAAAUCAAUGGGCAGUGCAUGUGCAAAGAAGGUUAUGCAGGUCCGAGAUGUGACAAGUGCUUACCCGGUUAUAACGGCUAUCCUGACUGCAAACCUUGUGGCUGUUCGGAACGCGGAAGCGCUUCAUCCAUUUGUGACGCGUCUGGAAAGUGCCCGUGCCUGCCGAGUUUUGCUGGCAGGUCCUGCGAACAAUGUAGUCCAGGCUUUUAUCAAUAUCCCGAGUGCAAAUUUUGUGACUGCAACAGCCAAGGUUCGAUAGGUGUUUCUUGCGACAAUGAAGGCAAGUGCAAGUGUAAGCCGAAUUUCACGGGAACUAGAUGUGACCAGUGUAAAGAAGGAUUGUAUAAUUUCCCCAUAUGUGAAGAAUGUAACUGUGAUCCGGCCGGCGUUCUCUCAACCUUUGCUGGUUGUGGGUCUUUACCAUUGGGCGAAUUAUGUCAAUGCAAACCCAGAGUAACAGGAAGAAUAUGUAACGAAUGCCGAGAACUUUACUGGAACCUAUUACCUACGAAUCCGGAUGGCUGUGAAGAAUGUGAUUGCUUCAUGCCUGGAGUUCUCAGUGGAGUAGGCGUUUGCAAUCCAAAAUCAGGACAAUGCGUGUGUAAACCUUCGGCUACGUCGAGGAGAUGUGACGAGUGUACCGAGGGCUUUUACAGUUUGGACGAAAACAGCUUGUUUGGCUGUACUGAAUGCGAUUGCAACAUCGGAGGAUCAAUAAACGAGAAAUGCGAUAAGACAACCGGGCAGUGUUUAUGUCAGCCUAGGAUCAUCGGUAGAGCUUGUACUGAACCGAUGCAAGCCCAUUACUUCCCCACUUUACAUCAGUUUUUGUACGAAGCCGAAGAUGGUAGGACUCCAGCUUACACUCCAGUAAGAUACGGAUUCGACGAAGAUCUAUUUCCUGAUUAUUCUUGGAAGGGUUACGCCGUUUUCUCUCAGCUCCAAAGUGAAAUAGUGCACGAGCUCAACAUUGACAAGCCGUCAAUAUACCGAAUAGUUUUGAGAUAUGUUAAUCCUAGUAAUGAGACUAUAGUCGGUCUGAUAUCUGUCACACCAGAAACGCCGAAUAAUAUCAACGUCGAACAAAAGUUUAUGGCACAAUUGAAACCAUCGAAAAGUCCAUCUUUCGUGACUGUUUCCGGAGCUACCGGAAACAUUCCCUCACCUUUUGUUAUGAAUCCUGGACGUUGGGCGGUAACGAUUAAAAUCGAUCAGAGUCUAUUUGUAGAUUACUUUGUGAUAUUGCCCGCUGAAUAUUACGAAGGCAACAUUCUUGUCGACAAAGUAUUGAACCCGUGUGUCAUCGAUAACAUAGAAGAGGGCCUUUGUCGUCACUUCGAUUACCCGAGCAUAUCAAAAUUCGAUCAAAUCAAAAGCACUAUGGCAGUGACACUUGAUGGAACGGAACCAAUAGACUACUUUGACGAUACUAAGCAACUGGACGUGCUGGGCUUACCGAAAUUGCCGAUGAUUUGUGAGACUCAACCGGAACUGAAAUUAGAGCUAGUCACCAGUAAUCCUGGACCGUACGUGCUUUUAGUAAACUACUUAACACCGUCAUCCGUGCAAACUAAGGCGGACGUGGAGAUCCAAGUUAAUGACAAAAUGAACUCGGGCAAAGUAAUAUUGUACGCCUGUCAUCACACCACGCUGUGCAGACAGGCGGCUGUUGACGCAUCAGGCAAGGUGGCGAUAUUUAAUGUCAACAAUUCAACUACUAAAGUGACGUUGAGUGGCGGUCAAGACCGUGGCCGAGUAGGCAUCGAGUCCGUAGUGGCCGUGCCUCUAGAAAAAUGGUCUUUGGAUUACAUCAACCCAAACCCAUCGUGUGUUAAAAACAACGGAAAAUGCAUACAGUCUCUGUAUCCAACACCACCGGAUACAAAAAAAGUGGAAUUCAAGUUGGGCAAUGAGGGUCGUGUAGCCGCGUCAACCCCCAAAAACGUCUUUGAUAAUACCACAGCGUUGGUCGUGCUUGACAGUCAUGACAGCAUCAUCGACCUUGCUGGCAAAGUACCCAGUCCCGGGCCCUAUGUGUUCAUCGUUCACUUUUAUCAGCCUGAUUAUCCCGCUUUUGAAAUGAACGCAUUAAUCCAUAACGGUCAAACGUAUGAAGCUGUAUUGCCUGUAAAACAUUGCCCGUCUAACUCAGGGUGUCGAUCCGUUAUUAAACAGCCUAACGGCAACACUCAGUUCCAUCUGACUGAAAACUUUUUGCUUACUCUAAAGGAAUUGAACCACGGAAGCGUUUGGUUAGAAUACGUACUGGUUGUGCCGGCCCAAGAAUACACUGAAUCUAUAACAAAAGAACAGCCUUUUGAUUACACCGGUCUGUUUAUUUCGAAGUGCGGCACCAAUCACUUCUACAUAAAUACGUCGACUACAGGCUUUUGUAAGGAUGCUACGUUCUCACUAACUACUGCUUACAAUAGCGGAGCUCUGUCAUGUCUUUGCGACUCCGACGGUUCGCUGAGUUAUGUUUGUGACCCCUACGGUGGUCAGUGUCAAUGUCGAUCAAACGUGAUCGGGCGACGGUGUGACGCCUGUAAAACUGGUUACUUUGGAUUCCCCGACUGCAAGUCGUGUAACUGUCCUUCGGUGGCUACUUGCGAGUCUACUACCGGAGAGUGUAUAUGUCCGCCAAGGGUUGUCGGUAAAAAUUGUGACCAGUGCGAACCCAUGACGUACGGAUUUGAUCCUAUAAUCGGUUGUGAAGAGUGCAAGUGCAACUAUUUCGGAGUAGAGCAAGCAAACUUGCAGUGCGACUUGUUCAACGGGUCUUGCGAAUGUAAACAGAACGUUGUCGGUCGUUCUUGUGACCACUGUCGCUCUGGCCAUUGGUCGUUCCCACAGUGUUUGUUAUGCGAAUGCGAUUACAGAGGAACGACGAAUGAAAUUUGUAACCAAGUCACUGCAGAAUGCUAUUGUAAACCGAACGUUAACGGACAAGCGUGUGAUCUGUGCAAAGACGGUACUUUCAACAUCCAAGAAAAGAACGACGAAGGGUGCUCAAAAUGUUUCUGUUUCGGUAAAACCACCCGGUGUCAAAGUUCAAACUUUUAUAGGACUGAGAUAACCGGAAUGGAAAAUUGGCUGCUUAAAACAAUCAACAUGACUACCAAACCGAUAAUGGUAGAAGCCGUGGAGUUGUCGCUAGAAAAAAUUGAAGAUCGUAAUAUCGGCGUCGAUUUGACGGCCAAAGAACUUGAACGAAAAGUCACUUACUUCUCGGCUCCCAAAGAAUACUUGGGCAAUCAGUUGAAGUCUUAUGGAGGCUUCCUUAAUUAUACGAUACAUUAUACGACCAAUCUUUUUGGUAGUGCCAUCAGUGGCGCUGAUGUUAUAUUGUACGGCCACGAUACAUAUUUAUAUUACUUCUCUUUGGAGCAACCGGCGUCCAACACGUUGUUCCCGGGUUACGUUGAAAUUGUGGAGCAAAACUUCAUACUGUCCAAUGGAUUACCAACUACUAGGGAACAGAUUAUGCAAGUGCUACAAGAUUUAAGCGCCAUUUAUAUAAGAGCCACUUACUGGGAACCAUCUGUAACAACGAGAAUUUCAAAUAUAUCUUUGGAUACCGCACAAGAAACGUAUGUAUCGUCUAAAGAACUCGCUUUGGCUGUUGAACAGUGUCAGUGUCCUCCUAACUACGUGGGAUUGUCUUGCGAAGAAUGUGCCGAUGGUUACUACAGAGCACAGACUGGUCCAUACGGUGGUUUUUGUGUCCCUUGCCAAUGUAACGGUCAUUCAAAUAGCUGUGACAAAAUUACCGGAGUGUGCGAUAACUGCAAACACAACACAACGGGCGAACACUGUGAAAAAUGCGUUGUGGGACAUCACGGUAACGCAACUGUUGGAACACCUUACGAUUGUUUAAUUUGCGCAUGUCCCUUACCAAUAGCGUCUAACAAUUUUGCAACCGGAUGUGAAGUCAGCCCGGAUGGCAAUGAAAUAAGUUGCGAUUGCCUCCCUGGAUAUUUCGGAGCAAGAUGUGAAUCUUGUAAUGCCGGGUUUUAUGGAAGCCCAGAAAGACCAGGUGAAAUAUGCAAGGAAUGUCAAUGUUCGGGUAACAUCAACAAAAAAGAUCCGGGAUCGUGCGACUCCGUAACCGGAAGGUGUACGCGUUGUCUAAACAAUACGUUUGGCGAGUCCUGUCAGUAUUGUAGACCCGGAUUUUUCGGAGACGCGAUCAAUCUGAAAGAUUGUCAGGCGUGCGACUGUGACAAGUGUGGUAUGGACAAGUGCAAUAACAUUAACGGCCAGUGUGUUUGUCAUGCAAACGUGGAAGGCGAGAAGUGUGAUCGGUGUUCUGUGAAUCAUUACGGUUUUGGCUCUUGCAAGGGUUGCAAGCCGUGCAGUUGUGGGUUAGCGAGUGAAAGUUCUCAGUGUGACGAGAACACCGGAAUGUGCAGGUGCAAACCCGGGGUCACUGGUAGGAUGUGCGACCGUUGCAAGCCUGGAUAUUGGAACUAUACUUCAGAAGGAUGUAUAUCAUGUGGUUGUAAUUCAGAAUACAGUGUUGGUAUUAGCUGCAGCCCAUUGACUGGACUCUGCGAAUGCUUGCCCGGUGUUAUAGGAGAUAAAUGUGACCACUGUCCUCACCGAUGGGUGUUAAUACAGCCCGGGCCGAACGUGGAUACUGUAGCGGGUGCCGGUUGCUUUGAAUGUAAUAAUUGCACCCACGCACUUUUAGAUGUCACUGACAGUCUAUUCUCAAAACUGUAUCCCAUCUCUAAAGAAUUCAAAACCGUAGAACUUGGACACUUCACAACUCAACGACUUUUACACAUUAACAAAACGGUAUUAGGACUGCGACCUAACAUAACUAGUCUUGUAUCGAGUAGUAUCGAUCCAUUUUCACAGGAUAAGUAUUUGUCAGACUUCCAGAAAGACGUUGAUAACUUGAACAGAAAGGCACGAUUAGCGUUGGCGGACUCGUUGAGUUUAUCGUCCAAAGGAGGUAUAACAUUUAAAAAUACGUUGCAAGUAAGACGUUUGUUGGACGAAGCAGUGGCUCAAACGAGUUCAGCCGUCACUGAAGUAACCAAUUUGGCUCAAAGUUUACAAGAAGGAGCUGGUCCACAAAUUGAUAUGGCGUUGAAUGAUGCACAAAUGCUAUUAAAGAAGAUUAACGAAACACUCCCAAAUACAGAUGAAAAGUAUGAAGAGAUAUUGGAUGCACAGGAAAAAGCUGUCGAUUUGCACGCAAAAAUGACACAAUUUGCAUCGCCUUUGAAAACACCAGUUACACAAGUGGAAUCACUUAAAAAUAAAAUGGAGUCGCUCACAAGUAAAAUUGAUGAUAUCACAAAUUAUGCAGCCAUUGCCAGGGAUAAAGCAGCUCAAACAGCGACAAUAAACGACUAUAAUAGAGAGUCACUAAUGAGACAAAACGACAGAACCAACACUUUGACGAAAAUCAAAGAUGAAGCGGACAACGCAAUGGGAAACUUGACGAAGUUAACCAAAGAGGCUUCGAGUGAUUUAGAAAAAUCCAGACAAGCGUUCGCCAAAUUGGGCAUCGAAAACGAAUCAAUGAAAGCCACUAAAGCUAAAGUAGACGAGGCUAUUCAAAAAGAAACAAAAGUUCUCGAAGAGUUACAAAGAGGCCUCACCAAAGCCAAAGAACAUGCAAAUAAAUUAAAGGAACAGGCUGAUUCAAUGGAAUCGUUGAUUAAAAGUUCAACGUCGGCAUCUGAAUCGGCAGUAUUGGCAGCAAAUUCUUACAAGAAUAUUGUAGCGGAAAUAGAAAAGGCUUUAGCGGCUUCGAAGAACGCUAGUGCAGCUGCAGAAGAUACCAUUACCAAGUCUGAAGGAAUAGAUGACCGAGUUGCUCUAGCCGAACAGAAUUCCACAAAAUUAGUGCAAGAUGCUAGAAAAGCAUUGGAAGACGUUCAAGGCGGUCUAGAAGAGUCAUUAAAAUCCGCCAAAGAUCAGCUUAUGAAAAUAAACAAUUCAAAAAAAGAAAUUGACAAUAAAGAAAAUGAGAUCUACAAGCAAUUAGAGCAAAUAGUAGUAUCAAACAUAAAAUCUGACAGUGAUGUGGAAAAAGCAAUAGAUAAAGAUAAAGAAUCAAAAGUACUCGUUAAUAAUUUCAGCGAAUUAUCGCAAACACUACCGAACCACUUAAUCGCUUCUCAGCAACUUAAUAAAGAUACGGAAAACGCAAAAAAAGACAUUGAUCAAUCAAAUAAUCAAUUGGACAUCGCUUUAUCUCUUUUGCCCAACGCAAUUGGCACUGUUGAUCGUUUAAAAAACAAACCCGAAAAACUACAACAACAACAACAAAAAGUUAAAAAUGAUCUAGAAUCCCUUCAGAAGAAAAUUCUCAACUGUAGAGAUAUUGUUAAUAGGAUAAAAGUAGGAGUUAGCUUAAAGAGGAAUUCAACUUUCGAGCUUCGCAAUCCUGACAAUAUAGCUCAUCAAAGUAUCAGCACACUGGCAUCAAUAUAUUUCAAAACGGACCAACCAAAUGGUUUGAUUUUUUACCUCGGAAACGAAGUGGGUACAAGUCGAAGGAUGAGAAGAGCUAAAACGGACGAUUUUAUGGCUUUGCAAAUUCAAAAUGGUUAUUUGGUUUUAUUAAUAGACAUCGGCUCUGGAACUAUAACGGUCAGCAGUAGUAAAAAGGUAUCAGAUGACAAAUGGUACAAAGCUACAGUCGAAAGAACCGGUAAAACGGUUAAGUUAGUUAUCCACGAAGAUCUGGGAUCAGACAAUAAUCACAUAGUAAUCGCGGACCAGAAAGAAAGUAUUCUUCCGGGAAAUAUGUCUAUUUUGAACUUGAGCAAGGACCAUUCAAAAUUAUACGUGGGAGGCUUGCCCUCUACGUUCCAAGCUCAGCCCGGCAUCGUGGAACUAUCUUUAGAAGGUCGUGUCGAAGAACUAAUGCUCGGGAGCACAAACAUUGGCCUAUGGAACUUUGAAUAUUUUUCGGGUGUAAACAACGGAUCUCUUGAAAGGGACAAAUUAUUAAACGCGACCAAUCCAUCUGGUUAUCGGAUGAACGGUGAAGGUUUCGUCGUUUUGGAAUCGAAUCAGUAUAAGAUGAAAUCCCUGAAGUCUCAGUCGUCCAUCGUUCUGAGCAUUAAGACCACGUCUGCAGACGGUUUGAUAUUUUUAGCUUUCAAAAACAAUCAUUACAUGUCAAUUGAACUGGAAAAUGGUAACAUCGUGUACAAACUAAAUCUGGGCAGCGGACCGCUUGUUCUCACGUCCAAGCAAACGUACAACGAUGACCAGUGGCAUUCCAUCGAGCUAACUAGAGAUAAACAAGAUUCUGUGCUUAAAGUCGACGGAGAGGAAGUGGCGUCGGGGUCUUGUCCAGGAGACGAAACCAACCUUGAGAUAUCGGAACACUUGUACAUCGGUGGAUAUCCAGGUCAGCACGGUAUCGACCAAGUGACUAAGUACUACUACGACGGUUGUUUGGACCACGUACAAAUCGACGACGACCAAGUGGAUCUCAACAAUAACGUUAACGCUUACGGUAUAAUUGCGGGAUGUCCCGAAAAGUUCACUAGCCUGGUCUCAUUCGAACCCGGCAGUAGAGGAUACGUCAAGUGGCCGAACGUCACUGCGUCCGACAAUGUAAUUGAUCUUAUACUGAGGUUCAAAACCAGCUACUCCGACGGGUUGUUGGUGUACGGAGUCAACGGGCCCGCCUUGUUUUCGUUGAGGAUGGAAAACGGUAUUCUAACGUUCAAAAGCGGCGGAGUCCAUGUAUCGUCCACGCAAUCCACGAGAUACGAUGACGACCAAUGGCACGUGGUGUUCGCGGGUCACACGCCACAAGGGCUCUCUCUGCUGGUGGACGACUACGACAACUUCCAAUCCGACCAACCGCCGAAUCCGGUGAGGUUCUUGUACUCAAAUUUCUACUUCGGUGGCGUUCCAUCGGUAGUGGACGCGGCCGCGUCCAUAUCCCAGUCGUUUAUCGGUUGCAUCGGUGACGCGACUUUCAACGGGAAAAUCAUUAACUUUGCUCAACUGACAGAAGUUCCCGGGGCUACCGUGGGCAGAUGCACGGGCCCUCCGUCUUCCGGUUUCAGACCACCGAAACGACUUGAAACUCCGGUCGAUAAAUAUCCGGAAGUGACGAUGGCGCCGACCCCGGCUCUACCCACUUUCGCCCCUGACGAAAUAACCACAAAGCGUCCGUCCACAUUAUGCACGCUACCAGCGAUACCACGCGACGAUCCGGACGUUACCAAAGACAGCGGUUACAGAUUCGGAAACAUGGUGGGUAGUAGGUUCGAAUACGACGCGGUACUCAUCAAGACCAAAAGCAAUACGAACGAGAUAUCGGUAGACAUUAAGACAACGAAAACCGAAGGUAUUGUUUUCUUCGGUCGUCAAUCCGAAGGCGGUGAUGUGAUAGCGGUGUUCCUGUCGGAAGGAAAAGUCUAUUACCACUGGAACUGCAAUUCUGUACCCACAACGAUCAUCGCACAAAUGACGGUAAACGACGGCGAAUGGCACACGGUCAAAUGGUCCAGGUCGAACACCAAAGCCGAGUUGCACGUCGACGGCAUAUUGGCUGAAUCCAGUCCGGUCAUAGCCGAAUGUAAGUUAGAUAUAACACCACCGUUCUACUUUGGUGGUACCAACCCGAUCGAUUAUGAAAGAGUCAUUGCGCUUGUGGGAAUGAACGAGACGUUUGAAGGGUGUUUGCGAAGAUUCAAAGUGCAUUCUAAAGAUCUAGGUAGUCCCGACCGCAAGUUUGGCGUUUCCAAGUGUUCGGAUAAGGUGGAAGAAGGCGCGUUCUUCUUCGCAAACGGCGGUUACAUCAGACUGUUCGAAAAGUUCGUCGUUGGCAAAGAGAUGGAGAUUACCAUGGAAAUAAAACCCAGGAGCAUCGACGGUAUUUUAAUGUCGGUGCAAACAACAAAAAAGAACUCGCUGUUGUUGGAAAUGAAGAACGGAACCAUAUCGUUCUCGGUGGAUGCCGGCAGAGGGCCGAUUUCCGCAUCGUUUACGCCGGCGUCUCCACACUUUUUGUGCGACGGACUGUGGCACACGAUUAAAGCGGUAAAACGUAAAAACGUCGCGCAACUGGGAGUGGACAAUAUGUUUUCUACGCCCGACCAAUUUGGGCAAAUAGGCACGGUCCCCACCAACGCCAAAGCGCUGUACGUCGGUGGCCAUCCACUUCAAAAGCGCAUCGGAUCUUCCAGCAGGUAUUUGGGGUGUAUAAGGAACAUCGAAGUGGUCGACCACACGUCCAAGAAGCAUACGUUUAAGAAGUUCCCCACGCAGAUGGUACAAGGCAACGUGACGCUAAGCGUCUGUCCGACCAUUUAGAGUUACCAUCCAAUGUGCGCUGUACAAAAUCAAACCGAUUUAUAAAGCAAAAACACCUAAAUUAUUAUUGACAUUUUAUUGAAUUACAUUUUGUACAUAAUACUUUUAUUUCACAAUAAUAAAAAUAAUAUUUAUACUAUAAUAUAUUUAUAUAAAUGGUAAUUUGUAAUUCGUGUUUAAAAUAAAAACAGAUGAUUUUUAUUUAUAUUUAUAAAAAAAAAACUAUGUACAAAAUAUCCUU